CUUGUAAAAUGGAGAGGAAAAAAGACAUUGACCAUAAAAUUUCCAGAGUUAGCAACAAAUUAGGUCUCCUUUUUGUCAAAGAACUGUUGUCUAAAUAAAUACAAGAUAAACUACUAUCAAAAGAUAAAGGCCAAAUCUGGAGCCUUCCAUACAUGGAAAGCAGUUUAUCAAGAACAGAAGAAGAAAGAGCUUAAAUAAAUCAAAAUCAAGCAAAAGUAAUAAACUGCAGAUGUAUAUCAAUAAGCAUAAGAUUAUGAUAAAAUCUAUUAAAAACCAGAACGCGAUAAAUAUGCAACUGGAAAGUGAGAAGAAGCAAUUAGCAAGACAGAUCAGGAUCUGAAAGACUCAAGUAGGUCUAAAGAAGCUCUCUAAAGCCUUUAAGAAGUGAAAAAUGAGCACUGUACAGGAAUGAUUUACCGUACUGAGAGAUAAUUAUCAUCAAAAUUUAUUUGUAAGAAAUCCUGAAUUAAACAGGGAUUCGAUAAUCAGUGAUAUUCCUCCCUGAAGCGAAUUAGGUGAUUCAAGGGAAGACCAGUAUCCUAUAAAGAAAAUGCUGUCUAAAUUCCAUGAAGCUCCUUCAGAUACAGACGAAAGUCAAGAAGAAGUGAGCCAAAGAGAUUCAAUUACUUCUCAUGACAGAAGAAUGAUUGCAGAAUUUGAGAAAAAUCUUAAGUCAGGGAAUAUAUUCGACAAUAAAUUUGAUUUCCAUCAAAAGACCCCUCUUGCCAUUGAUAUACCUGAGCCAGAAAAAGAAGAUGAUGAAGCUGAGGUUAUAAGAAAGAGCAAAGAAGAUCCUAAUAAAAGCAAGAAAACCACAGAAAAAGAAAUGGGAAAAGAAACUCAUCUUAAGAGCGAAGAUCAUGAUAACAACUAUUACCCUCAGGUUGAAAAUAUUCGGAGUAAACUUAGUCCUUUCGAGAAAUUCAAGAGAAACCUUAUAAUCAAUACAGACUCCAUAAAUAAUGGAAGUAUGAAGCAGUUACAAAAGACAGAGGAUAACAGCGAGACCAACAAAAUGUUGAAGAGAAGGCAGAAUCCUCCUGCAACACUUACCACAAAUGCAACAUCAAGUAAAAAUCGCGAACCUGGGCAGCAAACUGAGGAUCAAUUUGAUAAUGGAAUUUAUUCUCAAAAAUACAGAGAAGAGAAAUCCCUUGAGGAGAUCCAGGAUCAGGAAUAAAUCAAGUCAAAUUUUCCAUUAAAAUUGAUGAAUUCUCUCGAUAAAGGUAUAAAGAGACAUAAAAUUCCCUAAACACCUUUAUUUUUAAUCAAAUAUUUAAAAUUAUCC